CGUCUCUAUUACUGAUUGAUUCAAAACCUUGGGGGGGGCUCAACCAACAAGAAACUGUAUUCAUUUAUGUAAACUGUAGCCAUGAACAAACAGAUAAAUGUGUGAUUAUGUUGUGUACAAAACAUCUUGUGAACAGAUUUUAUGUACAGGUCUAUGCUUUGACUGAGAGGAAAAGAUAACCAUUUAAAUUGUGGUACUGAUCAGAAGAAUAAUCAAAUUAUUCAACCCUGUUUUCUAAUCUCUGGUUGAAACAAAUGAGCUGCAUUCAUUCUUCUGAUUAUUGUCCUCCCUGCUCUGUUUUCAGGAUGAUGCUGAAGGAUAACAUCUAAGAAGUCAAUUCCUCAUCCAAAAGUGACCCUACCUUCCCCUAUAGUCUGCUUUCUUCUGCAGUCCCUUCUCCAACUUGUGAGGUCCUUCUCAGCUCAUUGGCCCACCUCUGUGGAAUUCAUUGAAUGCAUGUAUUCCACAGUAAGAUCAUGCACAAUUAUUUUAAUUUGGACAGUCCUCCUCCAGACACCAUUCUGACAAAGAAACAGGAUGAAAUAACUGCAAUGUGACUGUCCAUCUGAGAUAGCCACCUCGAUCUGUGGGAUUCUCACUUUGGUUCCAUCUCUUGUUCCCUACCAACCCCUCCCUUUCCUAGUGUCAUUGGGCCAUGGUUCGCAAGAAAGGUUCUCUUAUACUAUGUGGUGCUUUUCUUGUCGCCUGGAAUGCUUUGCUUCUACUUUACCUUUGGGGUCGCCCUCCCAUUGGCCACCUUGGAGAAGGGGGUGGAGCAGAACCAGGAGGAAAGGAGGAGUGGGGCGUGGGCAGAGGGAAAGUAGGCCGGGUCAACCUUGCUGGGGAGGUUAUCCGGCUGGCAGAGGAGGUCGAAGUUCAGCUUGAGACCCAGAAGAAGCUACUGAAGCAGAUUGAAAGUCAUAGGGCAGUGUGGGCUCGGCAGAAAGAUAUCGGGAAAAGAGACAGUGAUAUAAAAGAAGUCAAAGAAGAGACUGUCCACCAGCCACCCCAAACUCCAUUUCCUGUCAAAAACAGUGUGGAUAUCAGUGACCAAACUGAAGUUAAACAUACACAGAAGCCUGUUCAUACAGUAGCUCAAGGACUGAAGUUAGAACAACAUGAGGCCACCGAAGUAAAGCAAGAGAUCAUUGAGAACAAUGAAGUGACGACUGUUGUUUCUAGCUCAGAAGUCAUCAUUCCCAUUCUCGUUAUUGCUUGUGACAGAGUCACAGUUAAACGGAGCCUUGACAGACUGAUACAGUACCGCCCUUCUCCAGAAUUGUAUCCAAUCAUCGUUAGCCAAGACUGUGGCCAUGCUGAGACGGCUCGUGUUAUUGGCUCAUAUGGAGAUCAAGUGACCCACAUAAGCCAACCGGAUCUGUCAGACAUCAGGGUCCGGCCAGAGCACAGGAAAUUCCAAGGCUACUACAAAAUUGCUCGGCAUUACCGAUGGGCACUCAACCAAGUAUUUAAUACAUUGUCCCUGUCUACUGUGGUCAUAGUGGAGGAUGAUCUAGAGGUGGCCCCAGACUUUUUUGAAUAUUUCCGAGCACUGCACCCAAUUUUGCUCUCUGACCCCACUCUGUGGUGUGUUUCUGCCUGGAAUGAUAAUGGAAGAGAUGCCUUGGUGGAUCCAUCCAAAGCUGACCUCCUCUACAGAACAGACUUCUUCCCUGGUCUGGGCUGGAUGCUGCUGAAAGAGAUGUGGGCCGAACUGGAACCCAAAUGGCCCUCGGCCUUCUGGGAUGAUUGGAUGCGUCAACCAGAGCAGCGUAAAGACCGCUCCUGCAUCCGACCUGAAAUUCUCGGGACUAUCACCUUUGGCCGGAAAGGUGUCAGUUUAGGUCAAUUUUUUGACCAGUACCUUCGCUAUAUUAAGCUAAACACUGAAUUUGUGCCUUUUACCAAACAGGAUUUAUCUUAUUUGCUAAAAGAGAAAUAUGAAGAAAAGUAUAUCAAAGAGGUUUAUAGUGCCCCGUUGGUGAAGAUUGAGGAACUGCAGCAAGGUGGUACUUUAAAAGGACCUGGACCAUACAGGGUGCAGUACUCCAGCAGGGACAGUUUAAAAGUAUUUGCUCGAAAUCUAGGGGUAAUGGAUGACUUAAAAUCUGGAGUUCCUCGUACAGGUUACCGGGGCAUAGUCAGCUUCCUGUACCGGGGUCGAAGGGUGUUUUUGGCUCCACCACAGGGCUGGACACAGUAUGACAUCAGCUGGAGCUGAAACACUGAUCCAGCCUGUGUUGAAGAGAGGAAGGGAGCCUUACUUCAGAGGAACACCCUUUCAGACCAAAGAUUAUUUCAGACAGUGGACCAUGAAGGAGUUAAAACAGCACAUGCAGGGCUGCACAACAGUGGAGCUGGAAGACCUGUUUGGUGCUUUUUCAUGAUCAGCAAGGAUUGGCCACAUAGAUUUCGCAGCAUUAAAACUUUUUAGCUAAGUAAAUUCCACCUUUAAACACUGAAUCAAAACUGCUAUUGGCAACGUGCCUUGCUUUCUGGGCCCAUUUUGUUUGAUGCAUUUUUUAUUCCUAUGAAUUAAC